ACACUCUUUUUUAUUUGGAGGGUAGAAAAUGACAGGUGUAAUGAUUACUACUUGAUUAGUUAACCUAGCUAACACACACAGAAGAAUUGUUUUGAAAUCAUGAUUCAGACAAUUUGAAGAUGAGUAUAGGAAAUGAAAAUUAAGUUAACAUCAAACAAGUUUUAGAAGACAACACAAGACAACGAUGUACAUAUACAAUACAAAAAAGAGUAUGUCUGGAGGAAUAUUCCAUAUACUGACAAUAACCAUAUUGGCCACAUUAACUGUGUCCAGUGGAGCCACAUUAAUUGAUGGUCAGAUAUUAGGACAGGUGUUAAAGGAAAUAGCUAAUGAUGCACUGGGGGUAGAAGAGAUGCAGGCAGAAUAUGACAAAGUGUCAUAUAGAGAAGAUUCUAUUGAUGGACCAGGGAAUAUUAGAGAACUUGCCAAUUCACUGAGAACCAAGUUCCAAGGUCCGAUCUCUGCACUGACCAAGAUCAAAGAUGCCAUUGAAGAUGACUAUGCCAGCUUCUCCAGUGUCAGAUCUAUGACACAGUGCUGCCAAGUGGUGGAAGCUACUUAUGACAAGAGGUUUAGUCAGGAGGUCAACUUUGACAAGGCUUGUGUGACAGUAGCAGGCCAGAGUUCAGUGAAUAAAAAAUUCCCUACGGCAAGGGUUGUGGAAGUGAUGAAGGAAAACAUCCGCAUCAAUCCAAAUCUGAAGUGGCAGUACUUUGGAGGAGAAGAUGGUAUACUUCUUAAUUAUCCUGCAGUGAAACCCACAGGUGUGCCUGACUGUGAUAGUUAUGAUCCAAGGUUCAGGCCAUUCUAUGUGUCUGCAGCCACUCCAGUUCCCAAAGACAUUGUGGUUGUCAUAGAUACAUCAGGAUCCAUGACAACAUAUCACAACAGCAAGACACUGCUCCAGAUUGCCAAAGAUGCUGCAAGAACUGUUGUGGAAACCUUGAGUGCAAAUGACAGGAUUGGAUUAGUGUCGUUUUCCUCGGCUGCGUACACGCCAGUGCUGUCAGAGAGCACCUGUUAUACCACAUCUCUAGCUGCUGCCACGCCUCAAAAUGCCAAGAACUUGAAAAAAUACAUUGAUAGUCUGAGGGCAGUCGGAGCAACUAAUUACCAAGCCGCUAUGGAAAAAGCAUUCUCUUUAUUCAAUAGUUCUGAGAAUUCCUUUAAAGGUGAAAAAAGAAAUAAAGUGAUAUUAUUCCUAACUGAUGGUAAAAGAACACAGGGCGGAAAUCCUCUGGAGACCAUACGGGAUCAAAAUGCCAUCCUUGGCAACCAAGUCCUCAUCUUAACAUUUGGUCUCGGCCAGUCCCUGGAGGAAAGUUCUCUCACUGAAUUGAGGAACAUGGCUGCCCAGACUUUAAGCAGUCAAUCUUAUGGGGAAAUUACAGCUGGCACCUUCACUCAUGUUACGGACCCAAAUCGUCUUCGUUCUGCCAUGGCGUCUUACUACGACAUCUUCAGCUCUACUGGCAGUCCCAUUAUAGACCCCCAGUUCUCUGUACCAUAUAUAGACUUAUUUGGGACAGGUCUCAUCACCUCCAUCUGCUUGCCUGCAUACCACAGUGGCCGACUGAUUGGUGUAGCUUGCUCUGAUGUUGCCAUGAGUGAACUCCUCUCUGAAGCCACCUAUUUUGACAAGGGUGAACUGAGCUAUGCCUUUGUUAUCAAUGGCUAUGGCAGGACAUAUUCCCACCCUCUGCUGCCAAGACCCUAUGAUGUCACAGAUGAUCCCAUCUUUGUGGAUAUUCAUCACUUGGAGAGGGCACCUGCUGCGAAAGCAGUGAUAAGCUCCAUGAUCAGGGGUGAGGAGGAUAACAGCAGCUUUGUUUCCACCAGAACACAGGCCAGAGGAGAUGUGUUCAGAGAAGGUGUCAGCAUAACAAAUGUCAUGUCACAUUACUUCUGGGCACCAAUUCCUGGGAGUAAUAUCUCGGUAUGUCUUGUCAUUGGAGAGGGUGACAAAAUCAGUGUGCCGUCACCUCAGACUGCAACGUUGGCCAUGUUUAACUACCACAGAUAUGACCUCGAACCUCCAUCAAGUCCAUGCAAGCACUUUUCUCGAUAUGCAUCGAAAGACUCUAGUGCAGUGAUGCUCACCCCAGGGGCCUUCAGACAGCCAUAUCACUAUCUGAACACUGAGGAAACAGCCACCAAUGUCACACAAUAUGAGAGAUAUCUCACAGGACAGAGCUCACAGAACCCUGGCUUGAAGACCUCCAUUCUGGACAGUGUAGUGAUCACAUACAAAGCUGAAGAAAUCUGGAAGAGGAAACCAGCAGACUUUGUUGUAUAUAGAUCUAUUGGAACAAUGGACGGAUUGAUGAGACUUCUCCCAGGGUUGCAGCUGACGAAAAAUUACGACCACACCAGGAGAGCUUGGUUCAAGAGGACCUUAACAUACAAGGACACAAAUGUGGUUUCGCCGCCAUAUUUGGAUGUUUGGGGUUCUGGCUAUGUCAUAACUCUCAGUCAUACUUUAUAUGAGGGAAAAGCUGGAGGAGUGCACACACUUGAUGACAAGGUGACAGCAGUUAUUUUGACAGACUUCACCAUUACUUAUUUCUACCAGGUGAUUCAGGACAGAUAUGCAAACUGUAGAGAUGCUGGAUACAGCUGCUUAGUGAUGGAUUCCAGUGGUUUCAUAGUAAUGCAUGAUGAUUUUGUAAAAGCUACAGACACACCUGAUAUUGAAAAUGUACACAUUUUAAAAAAGGAACCUGUAAUAGGUUCAAACCUGAUCACUAGGGGGCUGCUGUCCAAGAGAAGCUGCCUGGAUUUUGAGUCAAUCAAGGAACAAUAUUUUUGGCAGGUCAGUUUGCCAAAUCCUAAUGGACUGGAUCUCAUGCAGAGCAGUCCAUCAUAUGAAAUACAACCAAUUAAUAACAGCAACAUUUUCCUGAUAAUCUACAGGAAGAAUAUGUCAGAAAGUAUUUCUUGUUCUUGUCCUUUUAGUUGCGUGUCUCCGUCCAAGUUUGAAUGUACUCCAAGACAAACUUGCGAGUGUCCCUGUCACAGCAAGGCCGACAGCUUUAACUACUGUACAAAUUUUACACCUUAUUAUACAACUUGUAUUCAUAUCAAAUAUGAAUGUCUUGUUCACUCUAGUGAUUCGGCCCAAACCUGUGCCUCCCCAGCGCCUGACCUUACAGAUAUUGCCAAGGGGGAAGUCGAGAAGGUGAAAGACCUGGACCUCUGCAUCCCUGUGAACUGCUCAGCAAAAAGUUCCCAAGACUCCUGUUUCUUAGUGGCGGGGUGCAGUUGGUGCUCUUUGGGCAAAGAAGGAGAAACUUUAGAGUCCCCUUUCUGUGCUAGCCAGUCUGUAUGUUACUUUGGAAAACUGGGUCAGUCCUGUUCUAAUGAUACCUGCUCAGAUCCUGAAUGUGAAACACAAACAUCUGAUGAAAACAAUGCAGGGGCAGUGGCUGGGGGAGUCAUAGGGGCAGUUAUACUACUUAUCUUAAUCAUCACCAUAUUCAUGUUGUACAAGAAAGGGAAGAUCUGUGCAUCUAAGCCCAUAACACCACAUACUGUGAAUAGCCCCAGCUCCAAUAUCUUGGCUGUCUCUGAUACAACCUCCCCCCCUGUGAACCCGUCUGCUCCACCCUCCUUUGGACACGUUGAUGUGGACCCCCCACCAAGUUACACAGAGGUCUAUCAGCAAGGGUUCACUUAUAAGUAACAGUGCUUUUUUAUUUCAUCUUCAAAUUUCUUAUAGACAGGUGAUAUGAUUAGGAUGUGAGAGACAGAGCACUUGGCUUAAGCAUCACUUGCACUUUACAAGUCUUGCCAUUUCCUGAUAAUUUUAUCUGAAAUACUGGUAUCAGGUGUGUAUACGGGAUUGCAAUGAAGUUGCUUAACAUAGGUACAUGUUCCUCACGUUGUAUAAUGUGAUUUAUUCAUCACAAUUCAGAUUUAAGAUAGGACAACAAAUGACUUGCCCAAGUCCCAUUCCAGACAUGUUAAUGUGAUAUUCAAUACAAAUUCACAUUCCAGAUGUGAUAACAUGAUUUUCAUCCCAAUUCACAUUCCAGAUGAGCAAAAAAACUGCUUUUUAUCUCUUUAUGUUCUUUGUAUUACAUAUAUUUAAUUAUUAACUAUUUUUAUAGGAUAUUAUUAUUAUUAUUAAUACUCAAGAGAAGUGAAGUGAGAACUGAAUCUCUAUGCAUUCUAAUUUCCAUUUAAUUAACACAGGGUUGAGCAUUAUUUACAUUUUUGUUGAAUAUACUUUUUCUUUUAUACAAAAGAAAUAUCCAUUGAAAAUGUUCAUGUUUUCUCAAAGAAUACCCCACUCUGCCAGAAAUGAGAUUUUAGACUAUAUAUUAAUACAUAUCAUAUAACUGUCAUUGAAAUUGCUCAACUCAUCUGGAACACUGUUCACGCAUUAUCAUUUUGAAACCAGAUGGAGAAACUGAGCAGUUCAGAAAUGAUGCAUAUCUGUAUGGAAAAAUAUUGCAUAAUAUACAGACAUCACAGGCAUUGUGAAUAUCUGAAUAUAUGUGUCUGAAUAUAAUUUUUUACUGGAUUUAUUUUACAAAAAAAAGUUAACAAUGACAAAAUUGUCCUAACAUUGAGGACCCCUGCUGUAAACCAAGUAAAAGAAAAAAAAUGUUAUUACUGGAAGAAUUAUUUAUGCUGUAUAAAUUAUUUAUAGUAUCACCUUGACCUUCGAAGAAAUGAUUUUUGCAGUGUUCUUAUCAGUCAAGGUAAAAACGGUUUCAGUCUGUAUCUGUAUGUAUGUGUUUACAGUUUAUAUUUAUAAUGUUAUACACUGGGACAGGUAAGAAUGGUUUUAUUGGCCAAUGACAACUUUUUCCUCUGUCUUAGACCUCUUUUUCUUUUGCUCAAGUAACAGCCAUUUCAAUUUUUUUUUUAAUUUGAUAAUGUAAGCUUUAAUUACUCCAGAUGUUUUAUGCUGGGAACUUUUAUGGACACACUAUGCAAUGUACAAUAUCCUAGAUGUAUUUUGGAAAUAAUUUUCUGCAUUAAUAUGGCAUAUACAAUUACUUUAAUAAAGUAGUAAUGUUUGGCACCUUCUUUAUCCUAUACUAUUGUUAUUAAAAUAUUUGUUUUAUUUACUUACACAUUUCCUUGCUGACUCAAAUCCAACUUGUAUUCAGGAUUUUCAUGUCAUUUUCUAAGUUGAGAAACAAUUUUUUUUCAUUGGCAAAAUAAUCAAUUAUUUGGAUUUCCUGGAGAAAGUGCCUUGUUUUUACAUUUGCUUUUGUUGGUGCAAAUAAAUCUGUAAAAUCUU